GUUACAGGAGAAAAAGUGCCAAAAAUGAGUUUUACAGGCAAAUCUGUCAUAGUCACCGGCGCAAGCUCCGGAAUUGGAGCUGCCACAGGCAUAUUGUUUGCUGAACAAGGAGCCAACGUAGUCAUAGUGGGACGUAAUGAAACCAAACUCAAUGCUGUAGCUCAAAAACUUCCAAAGAAUGCCAAAUCAUUGAUCCUUAAAGCUGAUGUCACCACAGAUGCAAAGAAAAUCAUCGAUGAAACUGUAAAUAAGUUUGGCAGAAUUGAUAUACUUGUCAACAAUGCAGGGUUUGCCAAAUAUGGUAGUCUUACUGAUGGAAAAUUCUUGGAAGCUUAUGACACUAUUAUGGCAACAAACGUUAGAGCUGUAGCUGAACUUACUAUGUUGGCUCUUCCGCAUCUAACGAAGACUAAAGGAAAUAUCAUAAAUAUUUCAAGCAUAGCGGCUAUGGCUGUACCCCUUGAUGGAAGGUUUCUCGCUUAUUCUGUUUCUAAGGCUGCUUUGGAUCAUUUUACUAGAGGAGCUGCGUUGGAAUUUGCUUCUAAAGGUAUCAGAGUCAACAGUGUCAACCCUGGACCGGUAGCCACAGACUUUUUAGACAACAUGGGUGUCGACAUUAGUGUCGAUGUAAUAAAAGAGAUGACUGCUUUGAAAAGAGUUAGCACUCCUGAAGAGAUUGGCGAAUUGAUUUUGUAUCUUGCUGGUGAUAAAGCCCAGGGUAUCACCGGGUCGAUUAUGCUUACUGACAAUGGGUGUCUUUUGAAAUAGUAGAUAGAUAUUAUAAGGGCACGGCGCAAACAAACAGAUGACCUAAAUUCUGUUGAUGAUACUGAAGCAAUUGUUAAGCGUGAGGUUAGAUAUAUGGAUUAUAUAUUAUGAUGCAAACCCAUUGAAAAUAAACCCAACUAACCAUAAUACUAUGUUUCGAUUGAAAGAUUAACAACAUUGAAGUCAUGUAGGUAUCAAAAGUCACUAACGUCACAGCCAUUUCAGUGUCCAAACGCGACUUCUCAAUUACCCUACGAAAUGCACUAUGCGUGCGAAACAAUACACAAUCUUAUAAUCAAAAAUUUACAUCGUUCCGUAACUUAAAUAAUUAAAAAAUUCAGGCACUCAAAUUACAUUCAUGUAGAUAAAAAUUAAGGGCCAAGCAAGCCCUUGCUUUUCCAAAUGUAAUUA